AUGGUUAGAGUUUCUAUUAACGGUUUCGGUAGAAUCGGUAGAUUAGUUAUGAGAAUUGCCUUAGGCAGAAAGGACGUCGAAGUCGUUGCCAUCAAUGAUCCUUUCAUCACCGUCGACUACGCUGCUUACAUGUUCAAGUACGACUCCACCCACGGUAGAUACGCCGGUGAAGUUACCUACGAUGACAAACACAUCAUCGUUGACGGUAAGAAGAUCGCUGUCCACCAAGAAAGAGACCCAAAGAACUUACCAUGGGGUGCUUCUAACAUCGACAUCGCCAUCGACUCUACUGGUGUCUUCAAGGAAUUAGACACUGCUCAAUUCCACAUUGACGCUGGUGCCAAGAAGGUUGUCAUCACCGCUCCAUCCGGUACCGCCCCAAUGUUCGUCAUGGGUGUUAACGAAGACAAAUACACUAACGAAAAGAUUGUCUCCAACGCUUCCUGUACCACCAACUGUUUGGCCCCAUUAGCUAAGGUCAUCAACGACAACUUCGGUAUCAAGGAGGGUUUAAUGACCACUGUCCACUCCACCACCGCCACUCAAAAGACUGUCGAUGGUCCAUCCCACAAGGACUGGAGAGGUGGUAGAACUGCUUCUGCUAACAUCAUCCCAUCCUCCACUGGUGCUGCCAAGGCUGUCGGUAAGGUCUUACCAGAAUUACAAGGUAAAUUGACCGGUAUGGCUUUCAGAGUCCCAACCGUCGAUGUUUCCGUUGUUGACUUAACCGUUAACUUAGCUAAGGAAACCACUUACGAUGAAAUCAAGAAGACCAUCAAGGCUGCUUCUGAAGGUAAAUUAAAGGGUAUCUUAGGUUACACUGAAGAUGCUGUUGUCUCCUCUGACUUCUUAGGUGACUCUCACUCUUCUAUCUUCGACGCUGAAGCUGGUAUCCAAUUAACCCCAACUUUCGUCAAGUUAGUUUCUUGGUACGAUAACGAAUACGGUUACUCCACCAGAGUUGUCGACUUAGUCGAACACGUUGCCGCCAGAGGUUAA